GAUCAAACUCAUUUUCGCGUACUACGAGUGAAUAGCGUUAGUGUACAAGAAUAGAUCUGAAAAUACAAAACAAUCUCUUUGUCAAUAAUCUCGUUAGCUCCCGCAAAGUUCGUGGAGCCGAUUAUACGGCAAAUAAAACGUAUUAUUUACAAAGCAACAAUUGUUUUAGCAAUAACAACAACACACUAAUCUAUAGAAUAGUUGCUUUGAUGUGAAUCCUUUAUAAGUGUCAAUAUAUCAAACCAAAAUGUCUGAUGAAGAGGACACGGCAAUAUUAUUAAAUAGUGCCAAUAGAACUAUUGAGACAUCUAUAAACAAAGUUCCAAACGAAGAUUACCAAUGUUUACCUCCAAAGAAUCUGAGGAAACCAAUUCCAAAGCAAAAUGAUAAUUUGACACCAUUGACAUCAGGCAAUCAAACUGUUUUUGUUUCCAUGGUUGCAAUUUUGGCAGGUAUUGCUUUUGGAUGUGACAUGGGAGUGGCAAAACCUAUAGCUCCUUUAAUCAAACAUGAAUUCAAUUUAAAUUGUUUUGAAAGAGAUUUUGUUAUUAGCAUUUGGUUCAUUGGAGCACUCCUUGGUGGUUUAACCGGUGGUUUCCUAAUUGACUCGUUUGGUCGGCGCUGGACGAUGAUAUUAACUCUGGUCUUCCUGACUUUUGGGGCCACAUUAUCAGCGUUGGCGAAUCAUUAUAUUUUAUUACUCGUCGCACGAGUAAUUUGCGGUUAUUCGGGGACAAUUUCUGCUGUGGCACACUGCGUGUAUAUGGCGGAAGUAUCCGAUUCAAAUAAACGCGGAUAUAAUAUAAUGCUGUACCAAUUGGGCACAGCUACUGGAUUUUUAGUAUCCGUAAUAGCUGCUGCUGUGAAAAAUAUCGACUACCAAUGGCGAUUCUCUAUUGGCAUAACGGCUGUUCCUGCUUUGGCCGCUUGUAUUAUUACUAUUAUAUUUCUUCAACGAUCCCCGCCGUUUCUGCUUUACAAAAGAAUGGCUAACGUCUCGAAGACUCCAACGAAGAGUGCUUGGUACACGGUCUUCGAGACUCUAACAAUCAUGAUUUUUCUAUUGAUAUUGCAACAGUGCACCGGUAAACGACAAGUCCUGUAUUAUGCACCGAGACUGUUCGCAUUGUUGGGCAUUUGUUCGAACGUUGCUGAAAUCACAGCUUUAAUAUCUCUCGGCGUCGUGAAAGUUUUCAGCACCAUGCUGUCUCUGAUCAUAGUAGAAAGAUGCGGACGUCGAACAGCGUUAAUCACAUCGGCAACUAUUUGUAUGACAACCAUAUCAUUGCUGUCGUUAUUAGCUACUAUAGAUAGAGGCGACGACAACUUGGAUAUCGUAAAUACACAUUGUAAGAAUCAUCACAACGAGGAUGUGAAAAUUCAAAACGCUAUGCCCGCUGGCUCUCCGCCGCCGUUUCCACUGCUACCGACUCCGCUAGCUAUAGCUGCUCCCAGCCCUGAAACAUGGACUCAAAUCAAGGCGUCUUGCGAAAUGCAGAACAUUAUUGUUUCCGAAGGUCUCACCGGUGGUUUACGUAUUUUAGCGGUAGUAACAUUGCUUGUAUACGAAGCAGCGUACGCUUUAGGACUCGGUCCAGUCCCGUUGUUAAAUCUUACGGAAGUUUUUCCUGCAGCGAUACGAGGAAAAUGCAUCAGUUUUAUUACCAUCGUGAUAUGGGUGACCCACAUAAUUGCUACAGAAUCGGUCAGCGCUAUGGCCAAAUCGUUAACGUUAGCUGGAUCGUAUCUAUUCUACAGCUUCAUGUGCCUAAUCACCAUAUUGUACGUUUUCCUAUUUAUUCCCGAAACAAAAGGAAAAUCUCUGCAUCAAGUAGCUCAAGAGUUACGGAAAAUCUCUCUCGUAACACGGAUAUGCAACAAUUUGCGCAGCUUGCCGCUCAUUUGUCACAUCAAAUGGAUAAAAAAAUACGACGAGAAUGUAAGUAACGGACAAAGUACAUUAAUUUAA